UUCGCAGGGCAAGAUGGCCGCUCCGAGGGCCAAAGCGGAGGUGAGGGGGUGCUAGGGCCGUAGGGUCCUAUCCAGCAAACUGGCUUUUCUCGUCGUGGCCAUGGGGACCUCCCGAUAGAGCCUUUGACCUGAGGCAACCCCAGCACUUCGUAGUUUUGACGUGGAACCUCCCGGAGGGCUGCAGAAUAAGCGCCUCUGCGCUCUGACGGAGGCACGAGACCAGUCAAGCGGGCCCCUCUGUUGGGACAGCGCGACACUGAGCACUCCAUGCCUGUGGGCGCGGGGAGGCGUGGCCUCCCCCAGGGCCGCCACCUCUACUGGUUGUUCUGCGCGUUCACCUUAAAGCUCUGCCAAGCAGAGACGCCGGUGCGGGAGGAGAAGCUGUCAGUGAGCACCUCGAAUUUGCCGUGCUGGCUGGUGGAAGAGUUUGUGGUGGCGGAGGAGUGUGCUCCAUGUUCUAAUUUCCAGGCUAAAACCACGCUUGAAUGCGGUUCCACAGGGUAUGUGGAGAAAAUCACAUGCAGCUUAUCUAAGAGGAAUGAGUUCAAAAGCUGCCGCUCAGCUCUGAUGGAACAGCACAUAUUCUGGAAAUUUGAAGGGGCUGUCAUGGGUGUGGCCUUGGUCUUCGCUUGCAUUGUCAUUGUUCGUCAGCGACAGCUGGACAGAAAGGCUCUGGAAAAGGUCCGGAAGCAAAUUGAAUCCAUAUAGCUACCUUCUACCCUUUUAUUUGGGUCUUAAAGACAGAGAAAGUGGAAUGGACUGACUUGUGCCCAGUAUUUUGGGGAGUGGGAGGAACAAAAAAAAACCUUUCUUCCAUCUUCCUCUAGAUCAUUAAUAAGCAGAAUAAAAAGAGUAAAAUAGUU